AUUAUUUCUCUAUCAAACUACUUACUACCCCACACACGAAAAAACUAGCUUCUUCCCAUCUCCCAAAGCGCAAAACCAUACCAAAACCUCAGGCAUUCCCUCUCCCUUUAAUCCAUCUUUCCAUGGAUUAGAACACAAAAUGCUUGCACUGCACUUCAGUGCUCCUCAUGAUGAAAGCUCCUUCUACACAUUUUUUCCUUCCUUGGACAUCUUCUAGUUCUUGGAGGACAGAUAAAUGGAUUCUCGUGGGUUUUUGGGUAUGAAAGUGUUGGUGGGCUCAUCUCCUUGUAGCUUCUCGCCUCCUCUAGCCUCCUCGGACCUAGAAUCAAUCCGUAAAGGGGGCCUCCUUAGCUCUCAUUUUCACAAGCAGGGGAAGUCUUGUAGAGCUGAAGAAGAUGAUCAGAGAUCCCCAAAGAUUGCCAGAUCCAUUUCCUUCUCUUCAGCCUCAAAUGGAGAGCAAAUGCUUAGCUUUUCUUCGUCCAAGUCAUCAUCUUUGGGUUACAGCUGCAACAAGACGUCACCUUUAGCUACAUUACCAUCAUCUUCAGCUCCUUCCCCUCAACUUUGGAACGCAGACCUGAACUCUGGAGACCUCAAUGUGAAGAUGCAGCGAGCUUUAAGAGGGCCAAUGGGGGCCUUCACUCUUUCCCAACGAAUGGAACUGAAGCAACAAAUGUUAUUAUAUAACUACAUUUGGGCAAAUGUUCCCAUUCCAACAAAUCUGCUUAGCUCAUUAAUGAGAGGCCUCAAUCCUGCUUGGUUCUCUGCAUGCUCAUCUGGAUCUCUUAGACCUAAUGCAGCCUGGUGGGGAUAUUUCCAUCCUGGUUAUGUGGGGAAUGCUGAUCCAGAGCCUGGUAGAUGCCGCCGGACUGACGGCAAGAAAUGGCGCUGCUCAAGAGAUGCUGUUCCUGACCAGAAAUACUGUGAGAGACACAUAAAUAGAGGCCGCCACCGUUCAAGAAAGCCUGUGGAAGGCCAAGGUGACCAUGCCAAGAGAGCCAUUUCCGGUGUCACCAACCCAACUUCGGUUUCACCUGUUACUUCAGGAAUCUCACAGGGUACUGCUAAUGCUUCUUCGUCUCAGUUCUGGUUGCCGGCUGGUGGGAAUACUACAAAUGACCAUAAAGACGCUGCUCGAGAUCUCCCUAUUCUAACUUCAACUGCUAAGCCUUACAACACACUGUUUACAACCUCAAAAAAUUACGACCCUCUAAGUGAAACUUCAUCUCUAAAACUAAACUCUUGUAGUCCCUUCAAGAGCCAUCUCAGGGGCUCAUUUUUGGCUAACAAUAGCUUAGUUACACCCCUAGAUCUCCAUGACCAGCAGAGCCAGCAACCACACGGUCUAGACCAUUUUAUCAACAACUGGCCCCCAUGUCGGCCCGAAAGUUCUAACCUCAUUUGGCCUGUUGUGGAGGAAACACAAGCUGAGAGAACCCAGCUCGCCAUGCCAUUCCACCUUGCUUCAUCAGAUUUCUCAUCUUCCACUUCUUCACCAGCUCCUGAGAGACUUUCACCGCUUCAUAUGGGGCUUGGUCUUAUGGGUGUUCAGAAUGAACGAAACUCAGUGAUGAAGUGGAGAGCAACCUCCAUGGGUGGGCCUCUAGGGGAGGUCCUGACCAGCACAAGUAGCACCCCGGUGGAUGAGAACAAGAACUUUCUUAGCCUGAUUAAUGAAGGCUGGGAUCUGACGCCUCAGUUAGCUUCAUCCACUAACAAUGUGAUACAGUCUGCUACUGUCAGCUCGGUGUCCAGCGGCUCUGCAAAUGAUGUCAAGGUUGAGAAGACCGCCAAUGAAGGUUUAAGCUGUCUUUUUGGAUCGAACCAUGUAAACUCCUUAAACUUGCCUUCAUUUGUAAGCAUUUGAAUGAGAUAAAACAGCUUGAAGCGGAGGAAGAUUGGAGGCAAGAACUCAAGGAGGAGAAGACAAUCAUCACUUUGUUGAAAAGUAGAGAUGUCUACAUUUCUUCAACUAUCUUAGCAUAUGGACUGAUGUGUUUCUUUGGUUUCUUAUCUAUCUUGCGAACUUAUACAUUAUUUAUGGUUUUUUUUAAUAUGCUGGAAUUUCUGUGCUUGUGCUGGCAGUUGAUUUGAUUUGGUUAACAGUGUAUUUGGCUUAUGAUGAUAUAUAAUCUGUAUGGUGUGGUAUGAGCGAGUUUUUUAUAUUUAUUUUUGCAAAAUGAGUUAUAAUGUUGUAUUUGACCAACUUCAGUGCAUGGAUUUGGGUGUACUGGAACAUCUGCCAAAAUUAUUC